AUUUCUAAGACUCCAGGGCCUUCAAGCUGUGACCAGUUGGAUGAUUCCUGAAAUGACUGGGAAACCAGGCGCUUUGGUGCCCAUCGAAGAGCGCAUGUCUGUGCAUAUCUAAGCCCUUCUUCGUAUACAUACACGUGUACACAGGAAGACAGGCUCACUCGGGUGCACACUUCUCUGAUGAAAAUUAAUGCCAGACUCAGAUGGAGCAACUUGACACUGUGGGGAUCAGCCGCCUGGGGGUAGGAAUCCGUUACUAGUGGUCAGUUUUUCACGCACUCUGCAACUGGUUGAAGAACGUUUGCAGAAAGAAGAAAAGGAAACUUGCUCAGCUCAGGCCUCAGAAGCACCUCCCUGGGGCAAGGAAAGUGCCUGGUCAGAAGGUGGCUGGCAGCAAAGGGGAGGGCAUGUAGUGAGUUUUGCACCUUAUUUCCCAGUGGAUUUGGUGAUUUGGGCAGAGUUCAGAACUCUGGGCUGUGGGGUCGUGACUCUGGCUGUGGGACUGUAACUUCAGGAAGGCAAGGUCAGGUAUGAUGGGACAUGUUUGAACAGUGGACUGGUUCCUUUUCCUUUUUCAGUUAACUAUAUCCUCGAAAUUUUAAUUUAUUAUUUCCCUUUUCCUUUUCUGUGUCUAUAGGAUAACAUUUCAAGGUAGCCGUUGAAAUCAGUAUUCACAAAAUAAAUAUCAAGGAGCAUCCAAGCAAAGCUGCUUUUUCUUGGGCUGUACAUGUGGCAUUGGGAAGCAGUCUCCGAAUGUGAACAGGACAGCACCCGUCAGCAAAACGUGCUGACUCUUUAGGGAACAGUGUGGAACAACCCGACUCUUGCCUAUAUUUUCAUUUUAAGGGAGUUUCUUCCCUGUUAAGUGCAAGAAGACUUGCAUAUAGGAGGAAGGUUAUUUGAUGGACUUAAUUCUGAGAAUUAGUCUUUUCCUUCAAGGUGGAAAAAUAUGUGAUCUGUAGGAGCAGAAAGGGGAGAAGCAACUAGGGAGGGAGGAAAGAGCCGAGACACAAGAGACCAAAUCCUGUAGUGAGGCUCAGUUUUGUCCACAAGAGGAUUCAGGAUUCACUCAAGGCAAAUACUUGCACCACUUAAAGAGCUUCUGGCCCUGCGAGGGAAGGGGUUUUCUCUCUCCACCUCCAUGGCAGCAAGGAGUGCACUGGUCUGUCGGGGGAAUGUCAGAUGGAGCCCAGCUCCCCACCAGGACGCAGCCGCCUGCCCGCUGGGAAGUCAGGCGGGGCCCUGAGGUGGGAAGUUUCUGGUUCUGAACAGUGGCGAGAGUCUUUCUCUUCUUUGAACUUGGACCCCUGUCUGCACAAACUCUGGUCUGUUUUUGCACGGUUUGUGUGCCUUUUUUCCCCUUUAUGCAAUCUUUUUCAGCUUCAGCAGCAGAAAUUUGUCUAGCUGAGAAAACAUACCAGACGGUGGCUUCAGAAGGAAGAUGAUCCCAUGUGCUCUGUCUCUGCGUCUGAACUUUUAAAGAGAAAAUUCCAGCUCGAGGGAUUCUUUAAAGCCUUAAGUUACUUGAAAUCUAUGUAUCUGCAACCCUUUGUCUCUGGAAUCAUAUUACACUAAACUGGAAUCUCAGGCCGAAUGAGAAUAACCAAGUUGAGUAAAGAGAAGAAAACUCAGUUUCUUUAUUGGCACAUGUUAUGAUGCUCUUCUUCCUCUAAGGACUUGAAAAUAAAAAUGGACGCAUGUUGUUUUUAAGCAUUACCUUUUCUUAGCAGACUGCCAUCAUCUUUUCUAGAGGAAAUUUUUUCACUAUGCAUUUGGUGGAUCUUUAUAAAACACUGGCCUUCUGAUUAGAUCCAGGUCAGUCUUCGUUAAAAGGGGUCGGGGAAAACAGUGUAAGCCAACCACAAACCAUCCAGUCAGUCAGUCAUUGAGAAGAAUUGGUUUAAGCGUCCUGGCAUUCAGCGUUACGAUUUAAAUAAAAGAAUUUCCUGGACAAAAGCAUGUACGCAGCAGUGGAGCAUGGGCCUGUCCUCUGCAGCGACUCCAACAUCCUCUGCCUGUCGUGGAAGGGACGCGUUCCCAAGAGCGAGAAGGAGAAGCCGGUGUGCCGGCGGCGCUACUAUGAGGAGGGCUGGCUGGCCACGGGCAACGGCCGCGGCGUCGUCGGCGUGACCUUCACCUCGAGCCAUUGCCGCCGCGACAGAAACACUCCCCAGAGAAUCAACUUCAACCUGCGGGGCCACAACAGCGAGGUGGUGCUGGUGAGGUGGAAUGAGCCGUACCAGAAGCUGGCCACGUGUGACGCAGAUGGCGGGAUAUUUGUGUGGAUUCAGUACGAAGGGAGGUGGUCCGUGGAACUGGUCAACGACCGGGGGGCUCAGGUGAGUGAUUUCACAUGGAGCCACGAUGGGACUCAAGCACUUAUUUCGUAUCGAGAUGGGUUUGUCCUGGUUGGUUCUGUCAGCGGACAAAGACACUGGUCAUCUGAGAUCAACUUGGAGAGUCAGAUCACAUGUGGCAUAUGGACUCCUGAUGACCAGCAGGUGCUGUUUGGCACGGCCGACGGGCAGGUGAUCGUCAUGGACUGCCACGGCAGGAUGCUGGCCCACGUGCUCCUGCACGAGUCCGACGGCAUCCUCAGCAUGUCCUGGAACUGCCCCGCCUUCCUGGUGGAGGACAGCAGCGAGAGCGACACAGACUCAGACGACUACUCCCCGCCCCAAGAUGGUCCAGCCACCUGUCCCAUCCCGGUGCAGAACAUCAAGCCGCUACUCACCGUCAGCUUCACCUCGGGGGACAUCAGCUUAAUGAACAACUAUGAUGACUUGUCUCCUACUGUCAUCCGCUCAGGGCUGAAAGAGGUGGUGGCCCAGUGGUGCACGCAGGGGGACCUCCUGGCUGUCUCUGGAAUGGAACGGCAGACCCAGCUCGGUGAGCUCCCCAACGGCCCUCUUCUGAAGAGUGCCAUGGUCAAGUUCUACAAUGUCCGUGGGGAGCACAUCUUCACUCUGGACACGCUCGUGCAACGCCCCAUCGUGUCCAUCUGCUGGGGCCAUCGGGACUCCCGGCUGCUGAUGGCUUCGGGACCGGCCCUGUACGUGGUGCGUGUGGAGCACCGCGUGUCCAGCCUGCAGCUGCUGUGCCAGCAGGCCAUCGCCAGCACCCUGCGAGAAGACAAGGACAUCAGCAAGCUGACCCUGCCCCCCCGCCUCUGCUCCUACCUCUCCACCGCCUUCAUCCCCACCAUCAAGCCCCCGAUUCCAGACCCCAACAACAUGCGAGACUUCGUGAGCUACCCCUCGGCUGGCAACGAGCGGCUGCACUGCACCAUGAAGCGCACGGAGGACGACCCGGAGGUGGGCGGCCCCUGCUACACCCUCUACCUGGAGUACCUGGGCGGGCUCGUGCCCAUCCUCAAGGGGCGGCGCAUCAGCAAGCUGCGGCCCGAGUUCGUCAUCAUGGACCCCCGGACCGAUAGCAAACCAGAUGAAAUCUAUGGAAACAGCUUGAUUUCCGCCAUGCUCGACAGCUGUAACUGCUCAGACUCCAGUGACAUCGAAUUGAGUGACGACUGGGCUGCCAAGAAAUCCCCCAAAAUCUCCCGAGCUAGCAAAUCACCCAAACUCCCAAGGAUCAACAUUGAGGCCCGGAAGUCUCCCAAGCUGUCCCGGGCUGCUCAGGAGAUGUCCAGGUCUCCCCGGUUGCCGAUGCGCAAGCCAUCCAUUGGCUCACCCAGCCUGACGCGGAGAGAGUUUCCCUUUGAAGACAUCACUCAGCACAACUAUCUUGCUCAGGUCACGUCUAAUAUCUGGGGAACCAAGUUUAAGAUUGUGGGCCUGGCUGCUUUCCUGCCAACCAGCCUCGGUGCAGUAAUCUAUAAAACCAGCCUCCUGCAUCUCCAGCCGAGGCAGAUGACCAUCUAUCUCCCAGAGGUUCGGAAGAUUUCCGUGGACUAUGUGAAUUUACCUGUCUUCAACGCAAAUGUUUUCAGUGAAGAUGAAGAUGACUUACCAGUGACAGGAGCAUCUGGUGUGCCUGAGAGCAACCCGCCAUGUACCGUGAACAUCCCCAUCGCCCCCAUCCACAGCUCGGCACAAGCUAUGUCCCCCACACAGAGCAUAGGAUUGGUGCAGUCCCUGCUGGCCAAUCAGAAUGUGCAGCUGGACGUCCUGACCAAUCAGACCACGGCAGUGGGGGCAUCUGAGCACGGAAGUGACAGUGCCACCCAAUACCCAGUCUCCAACCGCUACUCUAACCCUGGACAGGUGAUCUUCGGAGGUGUGGAGAUGGGCCGCAUCAUCCCGAACCCCACUCAGCUGUCGCUGCCGCCGCCAGUGCAGGGAGCGAUGCAGCUGUCGGUGAUGGACCACGGAGACCGAGACCAUGACCACCUGCAGAAGUCCGCCAAGGCCCUGCGGCCCGUGCCCCAGCUGGCCGCCGAGGGGGACGCGGUGGUGUUCAGUGCCCCACAGGAGGUCCAGGUGGCCAAGAUGAACCCCCCACCCCCCUACCCGGGAACCAUCCCCGCCGCCCCCACCACAGCAGCGCCCCCGCCCCCGAUACCGCCCCCGCAGCCUCCAGUGGACACGUGCCUGAAGAAGGGCGACUUCUCCCUGUACCCCACGGCGGCGCAUUACCAGACGCCCCUGGGCUACGAGAGGAUCACCACCUUUGACAGCAGCGGCAACGUGGAGGAGGUGUGCCGGCCUCGGACGCGGAUGCUCUGCUCCCAGAACACCUACACCCUCCCUGGCCCGGGCAGCUCGGCCACUCUGAGGCUCACCGCCACCGAGAAAAAGGUCCCCCAGCCGUGCACCAGUGCCACCCUGAACCGCCUGACGGUCCCACGCUACUCCAUCCCGACGGGAGACCCACCCCCGUACCCCGAAAUCGCUGGCCCCCUAGUCCAGGGCCGGACCGCGACGCAGAGGCCCGACAUUGGGGGCACACAGCCGGGCUCGGUCCUGGCGCAUGCCGCCAGCACCUCGCCCUUGACUUCCCAGUCGUCCUACAGCCUCCUGAGCCCGCCUGACAGCGGCCGCGACCGUGCUGACUACGUCAACUCGGCCUUCACCGAGGACGAGGCGCUGGCCCAGCACUGUCAGGUCGAGAAGCCUCUGAGGCACCCCACGCUGACUGAAGCUGCUGUGGCCGUCAAACGGCCACCCCCUUACCAGUGGGACCCUGUGCUGGGGGAGGACAUUUGGGUUCCUCAGGAAAGGACAGCACAGACUGCAGUGCCCAAUCCCCUGAAACUGCCCCCUCUGAUAGUAGGUCAAAGCCAGCACCUGGAUGUAUCCCGAGUGCCCUUCGUCUCCCCGAAGGCCCCUGCCAGCCCUACUGCCACUUUCCAAACAGGCUAUGGGAUGGGAAUGCCGUAUCCAGGGAGCUAUAGCACACCCCCUUUGCAGGGAGUGCAGACCCCCUGCUCCCCUAAGGAUGCCCUGUCCCCGACCCAGUUUGCACCCCAGGAGCCCGCAGUGACGCUCCAGCCAGCCUACCCGCCCAGCCUCUCCUACUGCACCUUGCCCCCCAUGUAUCCGGGAGGCAGCACCUGCUCGAGUUUACAGCUGCCACCUAUCGCCUUGCACCCCUGGAAUUCCUACAGCCCCUGCCCGCCCGUGCAAAACCCCCAGGGCACUCUGCCCCCCAAGGCACACUUGGUGGUGGAGAAGCCCCUCGUGUCCCCACCACCCACCGACCUCCAAAGCCACUUGGGUACAGAGGUGAUGGUAGAGACCACAGACAACUUCCAAGAAGUCCUCUCCCUGACGGAAAGCCCGGUCCCCCAGCGGACAGAGAAAUUCGGGAAGAAGAACCGGAAGCGCCUGGACAGCCGAGCAGAGGAAGGAAAUGUCCAGGCCAUCACGGAAGGCAAAGUGAAGAAGGAGGCAAGGACUUUGAGUGACUUUAAUUCUCUGAUCUCCAGCCCUCGUCUGGGGAGAGAGAAGAAGAAAGUGAAGAGUCAGAAAGACCAACUGAAGUCGAAGAAGUUGAAUAAAACGAAUGAAUUCCAAGACAGCUCAGAGAGCGAGCCCGAGCUGUUCAUCAGCGGGGAUGAGCUGAUGAACCAGAGCCAGGGCAGCAAGAAGGGCUGGAAGAGCAAGAGAAGCCUGCGCACGGCCAGCGAGCUGGAGGAGUUCAAGUGCCGGAAGGCCAGCGAGAAGGAGGACGGCCGGCUGGGGAGCCAGGGCUUCGUGUACGUCAUGGCCAACAAGCAGCCUCUGUGGAACGAGGCCACGCAGGUGUACCAGCUGGACUUCGGGGGGCGUGUGACCCAGGAGUCGGCAAAGAACUUCCAGAUCGAGCUGGAGGGGCGGCAGGUGAUGCAGUUUGGAAGGAUUGACGGCAGCGCGUACAUUCUGGACUUCCAGUACCCCUUCUCCGCUGUGCAGGCCUUCGCGGUCGCCCUGGCCAACGUGACUCAGCGCCUGAAGUGACAAGGCCGGGCUGGGCUGGAGAGAGAGGCAGAGGAGCCUUUGCAGAGCGGCCUGACGGGCGAUGCCCGAGGAGUCACCCGGGGGCCAGGGGCCCAGAAGACAAGAGCAAAACUGGAAGAAUGUGUCAGGCCCAGGAGAGGGGACUGACCUCUGGUUGUUAUUGUUUGUUUGGGCUUUUAUAAUCCUUUGUUGUUUUUCUUCUUUUUAAACAAGAGAGUACAGAAGAGGGGUAUUUAGAAGCAAGGGUGCGAGGCACCUGGUGUUCUUUUUGGAAGCCUAGUUGCUGUGGUAAUGUCCUAAUGUGUCCACUUCUGUCAGCAGCUGGGCAAGGGGCUCUUCGGGAGGGAGGGAGGCAGCCUUCCGCCCGCUGCUCUUGUAGGCUAGGGAGUGUGCGUCUUCCUUCUCCACAGCCUCUAGGUUAUUCCUCCUCCUCAUUGUAACCACUAGUGUGAAAACAAAAGACUUCUAAAAGAACAACCAAAAAUCCUGAAGGUACAGGUUCUCUUAGGGGGGAAUUCGGUUCACACGUAUAAUAAUGUUACUUGAUGAAUGAAGGGUGUGUGGGCGUUCUGGCAGGUGCACUGGGUUUGACUCACAGCAGCGGGCUUAUCCAGUGGUGCUCUAAGUAAAAGUCGCUGGUGAUGACGUAGGAGGAAGGAGCUUCUGCGCCUGGACGCCUGGGUGGUUUAUUCAGUGGGACUGGAAGCAGCACAGGGCCGCGCUCCCCUCUGCCCGAUGUUUACAGCGAAGACUCCGCUAGUUUUCUAACGCGUCCGAAUUCCGUAGGUUCCGUAACGAUCGUGCAGUGUGCUUGCCUUCGGGAGUAGGUAAGAGACAAAAUGGAAAGAUCUGACGUAUGGUGGGGAAGUGACUUUGUCACCUAGUGCGCUGGAAGUCACUAGAUACCCACUUGCUGGAAAACAGCCUUCAUCCCCUCCCCCAUCUUAUUGUUCAAUCUGGAAAAGGUGGCAGAAGACCUUCUCUUUCCCAUAGAUGAGUGUUCCAUACUUUCUUGUCCUAAGAGUGCUAAUGAUUCUCAUUGGAAAGCUCUCCUUCCCCCUUCUCGGCCACAUUACAGUUCACUUGACCAGAAAUGUUUUCGAAUAGUUUAGAAAUGUAAGAAAAUGUUAAGCAUUUGCCAGGGUAUUAAAAGCUAGAGGUAUAGUCAUCUCUUAGAAAAAAGUAACUAGGAGGGAAAACUGUUUACUGAGGAGAUAAACCACUGGGAACACAUUAUUGAAAUUAUAAUCCUUGAGAGCAGGCUCGCUCGCUCGCUCGCUCUCUCGCUCACACACACACACACACACACACACACACUCCCCUGGAUUAUCUUCUCCUGCCGCUGCCUCCUCCUCAGGGGACACUUUGGGCAGUCUUAGCCCUGACACCAGAACCCGGGUCAUCAUUGUGUCACUGUACCCGUGGUGUGUAGGGCAGGAGGACAAGAGCUGCAUGUUGGCACCGGGCCCUCAAUUUGGGUUUUGUUUGGCACAAAUGAAGACACUAUGGAAAAGUCUUUUGAAAAUACGUAUUUUUACAUUUCUUGUUUUGUUUAAAACCUAGAAAAGAAACUGGCCCAUUCCUUCCCCAGAGCAAGAUGAAAUCACUCACCAUUUUCUCCAGACCCCGAAGGACACGGACAAGGACAUCUCCCAGCUGACAUCAGAGUUUCCCAUCAUAUAUUUUAAAAUAUUGAACCUGAUUCUUUGUGGGUAAAUUCCUCCAGAAAGAAUUUAGCAAUGUAUUCACAGUUACAUACUUAUUUUGUCGGGGUUUCUGUAGCUUGGUAAAAUGUUUCAGUGCUCGUAGUAGUCGUGCAAUAAUGGUUAUGGCCUGUUUCUAAAAUAAUUUAAAUGCAGUGCCCCUGUUUUGUUGUCCAAGAGAUGGUUAUUUAUCUUGCUUUAAUAGUUUUCCUAGGAAUCAUUUUGUUACUAUGUAUUGGUGAGUUAUACCCAUUUUAUUUAUUUAGAAAAAUAGUAUGUCUGUAAUGAGUUAUUUGGUGGCAGUGUAUUUUGCUGCAAGAAAUAAAGAGGAUAUGCUAGAAGGAGGUUUUAGCUGGACAAUUUGUAACUUGUUCUAAUUGGAGGGAAAAUACCCUAUUCUUUAGAAGUAUUUUUUUUUUUUUGCAUCCUGUAGUAUUGAUUAUACACAGAGGAGUAGAUUUCUUUGAGAUGACAUGUGCUAAAAUAAUAUUGUCCCUUCUUUCCAAUGUUUUAUUUUUAAUUAAAAACAAAAGGUGCCAUGAAAUGAAAAGAGGAGACUCAUUAGAAGGAGAGUAGCAGAGGAAGGCAUUAUUGUCAGCAAGUGUCCACUUUCCAAAGUCCGAUUGACUUUCUGAGGUACAAAGACCAAGAAAAGAUAUAUUUCUGAACUUUUCUUACUAAGAGCAAAUAUAAGAGGAAAUCCUUGGAAUAAAAACUACAAAUACAUUUGUGGAGAGAAGGUGAAUAUUUGUAGCGAAUAAUUGAACUUCCUAAAUUCUCGGCUCACUCCCCAAAAGGUCUCUUGUGCACGCGGAGACAGAAGCCCAGUCUUGGGGGCUGUGCGUACCCAGGACUCGACCCCUGAAGACGCGGCAGGUGCCUGGCUCCGUGGUCCAGCCCAGAGGAGGAGCCCUGACCGCCAACCACGCGUGCGCAGGCGCGUCUGCGGUGCUGGGAAGGUGGCGGCUGGAAGGUCAAUGGUGAUGGUUUGUUUUCAUUCGGUCUCAAUUUGUUAAAUGCUACUCAAGUCAGUACUUUAAACACGCCUAUUAUAUAGCAAUUUAUGAAUAUUAAGAUACCUCAUUGAAUCUCUAAAUUUGAAAACAUUAGCUCAGUCAGCUGCAUAAGAAUCCAUGCCUUUUCCAGGGAAGGAGUGUAUUGAGACAUAAAAACCAAUUUUAAAUUUAUUUCAUUUCUAACCUCAUCAAACCAAAGGCACAGAUUUGGGUACAGUGUAUCCACUGAAUAUAUGUACUAGGAAAAGUUGAUGCCGAGGAAGCAGGAGGAGGUGAAGGCUCUAAUGGCUGUGUAAGCCAGGAUUUCACAGGUGAGUCUUUCCCCCCAUGUCCAUUGCUCCCUGGUUGAGUGUCCCAUGAGGACCUGCAAAAACAUGUUUAUUCACAUUGUAGUCAUCUUGACCCUGGGGUCAAGCUUGCUCUGCCACAGGAUUGGAGGAUGACCUUGGGCCUCCAUUUGUCCAUCUAUAAAAUGAAAGGAAUUUGUCCAUCUGUAAAAUGAAAGGAAUGACCUGGGCAAAAUUCUAAACUGUCCAGCUCUGACAGCCUGACGGCUCAAAAUGCGACCGUUUCCUCAUUCUACUUUACAACCCUGGCAGGUGUGUUUCGAAAUAAUUCUUUUUGUAGAGAAACAUUUCUUUUCCAGCAUGGAUGAGCUAUCUAGUGAACGUAAACCAGUGCAUUUAAAAUACUGUUUAGCAGGUUCACCUCUAGAAACAAACGCAUUUGAAGUCAUGUUCUCGUAAAAUUACACCAAAGCUACAGUUCCAAAUGAGACAGGAGCCUGCCAUGAGUGCGCUCUGCUCAUGCACACCCUUGAGAACAGCCCUAAAAUAAGUCACCAUUUGCCCCAAAAAAGCCAUAGAGUGGGUUGAAAAAAAACAAAGGAGUACACGCCCAGGCUGCUUUGAGUCCUCGAGUGUGUUCAACAGUGUCACACUGUCCUCAAGUUGAAAAGAUUGAAAGGACCCCAUCGCGUCCCUGUGCAGGCCGUCCGUCCCCUGGCCUAGUCAAUAGUUGUGAACAAAGGUAGUGAGACAAAGUGUGUCAAAAAUGCUGGAUGAGUUCCUGGGAUUUGGUAACAGCACACAGCUCCGAUCUCACCAUUUGUGUAUUUCCUUAGCUCCGGCCGAUAAAACUCUGAAGGGUUGUGGCUUAUUCUGUUUUCAUUUCUUUGGCUUUGUGCAAUUUUCUUGUAACUUGUACCAGUAUUUUCUGUUUACAAGGUCUUUUAAGGAGGAGGGGUAGGGUUCUAAGAUCUCGUUGUUGUAGAUAAAUUUUAUUUCGUGUUGUAGAAAAGCAUGGGUUCUGCGUUUGACUGAAAAAGGCACUGUAUUAUUUACCAAAGGGGUAUUGUUUUCGCAUUUGUUUAUAAAUGCGUUAUUUUGGUACUGUAAAUUUGGACAUAAUUUCUGAGUUUAUUACUACUGGCAUUUUCCUUUUCCUUUUUUUUUUUUUUAAACUGUAAGUGCACGAUGCAGGUGCACAGGUCCCAGACCAAACCAGACCACCAGCGUGUUCUUAUCCAAACCCUGGGAAUCGCGCGCUGCUCCGUGCGUCUCAGUCCCUGCAGUGUUGGUUUGUUUUUCAGUUUUCAGCAUCCUGCUUUGUUUUAUUUUCCAGGCAAGAUCUGUUGAGAUUCCCACUUGCAUUCUAACGAGCUCACCCUUAUUUGCCUUUCUUCUUAUGUAUUUUGUGUAUUAGAUUGUGCGGGAGGUAUUCUAGAAGGCAUUAAUGGUUUGCAUUCAAAAUGAUGUGGUUUGUCCAAAUUAUUUUCUGUCUUUAUUACUGAGAUGGGUUAAUCUCCCUAUUUUUUUCUCUUGAUGAUUUGAAGUUGUAAAAGUUGUCCAGCUAUUGCUUAAUAAAAUUUUGCAGAUCAAAAAAAAAACUACUUGUGUGCAGAA